CGCACACUCGCCGCUUGUGCCGCCCCUCGCUCGCCCGCCGCUGUGCGCUGCCUCCCCGCGACGGGCAGCGGCCGGGGCCGGGUGGCGGCGGGGCCGGGCCGCCCCGGGGCGGUGCCGCGCCUCUCUUAGGCCUGCGCGGCGGCGGCGGUGGCGGGGCGGCGGCCAUGGAGGUGCAGGUGGCACCGCUGCGGGCCUGGGACGAUUUCUUCCCCGGUUCGGAUCGUUUCGCCCGGCCCGACUUCAAGGACAUCUCGAAAUGGAACAACCGGGUGGUCAGCAACCUGCUCUACUACCAGACCAACUACCUGAUGGUGGCCGCCGCCGUCGUCUCUAUCGUGGGAUUUCUGAGUCCUCUGAAUAUGCUUAUUGGCGGUACUGUGGUGGUGCUGGUGUUCAUGGGGUUCGUGUGGGUAUCGCACAACAAGGAUAUACUCCGCAGGCUGAAGAAGCAGUACCCAACCACAUUUGUGGUGGUCAUCAUGCUGUCUAGCUACUUCUUGAUCUCCUAUCUGGGAGAUGUCAUGGUGUUCAUGUUUGGGAUCACGCUUCCUCUUCUCUUGAUGUUUGUCCACGCUUCUCUGAGGCUCCGGAACAUAAAGAACAAGCUGGAGAACAAGAUGGAAGGAAUAGGCUUGAAGAAGACCCCGAUGGGCAUCAUACUGGAUGCUCUAGAACAGCAAGAGGAUAGUAUCAACAAACUGGCCGACUACAUAUCUAAAGUGAAGGAGUAAGCAGCUGCAACAUGGCAUUUCUACCUGUUGCAGGAGUGUACUUGCUAUUUACUAUUGUUCAAGCUUGCUUGCAGUUUGUGUACAAAACAGGAAAUGCACGUGGUACAGAUUAAUAGUUGCAGGAUACAGGUAUUCCAAUAUCUUCAGGGCUCCUUUAAGAAUAUAAGAGCAACAACUUUUUUCUAUUGUAGAGCAAAGUGUUCUGGUGUUUACACAAAUACAUACUAACUUAACCGUGUUUGCUUGUCUCUUCUUCUGGGGGGGUAGAAGAGGAAGAGAUGGAAACCUAUGGAAUGCAGUCUCUCUCAAACUGUCUUGUAGCAAAUUUGUCUAUUAAAAGUAACACCCUUUUCAUCUCAGUUCUACAAGGUGGCAGUUUAGCCAGUUUAUGCUGGGUAGCACCUUCAGGCUGACAAUGUUCAAGGUGAGCCGGAAUGUAUCAGAAGCAGGUGUCACUUGCAUCCUCCAAAUCCCUCACCUUGAGCAGUCUGUAUUGAGACCACGUUGACAGCUUAACGGGCAAGCGGUAAAACUGUGCAAUAAUUGCAAUGAAUAUGGGUUCCUAUCCUCACCUCACAUUCCUCCUUUAGCAGCUGGGAAACAGUCUAAAUAGAUCUAAGCAUGAAGAAUAUAUACGGCACAGCGCCUCUGUCAGUUCCAGUAAAAUGCACCUUUGUUCUCUCCAAAAUCUUGAUCUGUAGAAACUGCUCCUCCCUGCAGGAGAGCCAGACUUCCUCGCAUACCAGAUAAAUAAAUGGCCAGCAUGGGAGGAAAAAGGUUUUCAGAUACAUUGGCUGAGCUAGGUUUCUACCUUAUUGGUGUUUUUAAAUACUGCUACUUAAGGACUUACCUUGUUCUGCUUUAGUCUGUACAGGCUGUUUUGUAGAUGGAGGUGUAUGUGUGUUCUUGAGUGUGGGUCAUCUUUUUUUCUUUCUUCUUAACCAGAAUGCAAAGAUAUAAGUAAAACAUGCAUCUCACUGACUCUGUACUUCUGACACUCUUCAAAGGAAUAAACUGGAUUUCAGGUUUAUAAGUAAAAGCAAUAAAUGUCAAGAUACAGUUUUUGAAAACCCAUUCCAAAUUCAUGAAGCUAUUUGACUGUAACAACUCCUGAAACUGGUGUGUGGGAUUCUUUUAUAUAUCUUUUAACUUAACUGCCAGCUCUGAUGGAAUUAUCUUGAUAACAGGAGCUUACCAACAAUGGGGGGGAAGUUGUCCAGGUGACACUUAAUUUCAAAUAGUCUUGCAUUUCUCUUUUCUAACAAUUAAUUUAACAAAAAAAGCAAAGCUCCUUAAAGUUGAAGCUUUUAUGUAACUUACCAUGCUGUUUUCAUAGUGGACUGUGUAGAAAUCUGAACAUGUCAUUCCAUUUAAGUGUUAAAGUGAUCAGUAUUUAUUGAAAAUGUCUGUAUAUUCCAGCUGAAGAGUCAAUGGCCUGUUCCUCACUUGUAGCGCAUGGUCUUUGUUUUUUGGAAACUGUUUCCAUACUUAAAGAACAUAGUAGCCUAUGACUUCAUCAUUACUGUAGAAUUUUAAAAACUGCACAGUUACGAAGAGAAAUAAACUCCAGUGGUAAUUA